ACUCACAGCUGCCGCGUGAACCAGGGACCUUCAUCUUCAUGACGGAAGACAGCAUCAUGGCCUUUAGGAUUCAAGAUUUUACUAGGCUGAGGAUUGACCGGGACUGAAAGAUUCUGGGUUACUCAUAAAUCUCCCCAAACUAACACACACACACAGUCCCUCUCUCCUUAUUGCUACCAUUAUCGGUUGUGAGUAGAAAGAUGGCAUCCAGCCUUACUUGCACUGGGAUGAUCUGGGCACUUCUCUCCUUCCUCUGCGCUGCUGCUUCCUGCAUAGGAUUCUUUAUGCCAUACUGGCUGUUGGGGUCUCAGCUGGAGAAGUCAGUGUCCUUUGGCACUUUCCGGAGGUGUUCCUAUCCAGUGCGGGAUGAGAGCCGCCAGACUACAGUGAUGGUAGAGCAGUGUGGCCGCUACGCAUCCUUCCAGGCCAUCCCAAGUGCUGAGUGGAGGAUCUGCACCGUGGUGACGGGGCUGGGCUGUGGCCUCCUCCUUUUGGUGGCACUGACUGCACUCAUGGGCUGCUGUGUGUCCGAGCUCAUCUCCAGAACUGUGGGCAGGGUAGCAGGAGGCAUCCAGUUUCUGGGAGGCUUGUUGAUUGGCUCUGGCUGUGCUCUCUAUCCUUUGGGUUGGGACAGUGAAGAAGUUAGACAGACCUGUGGCAACCUUUCCAACCAGUUUGAAUUGGGUACUUGUGAAAUUGGCUGGGCUUACUACUGCACCGGAGGAGGAGCAGCUGCCGCUAUGUUAAUCUGCACUUGGUUGGCCUGCUUCUCUGGCAAGAAACAGAAACAGUACCCUUACUGAGGCUGGCGGCCUGAGAGUCCAGUUUAGAGAAUGAAUGAGCUUCCAGAGGCCGAAGUGACUUGCAGACUUCUUCUUCUGAACAAAGUGCUUUAGCUCCUAGCUGCAGAGCAGUCAUUAUGAAAUGAGAAUGGACCUGGUCAAGGACGUGAGGUGACACUGUGAAUUGUGGGGAGGGUGGGGAGUCUGGAAAGCUGGACCAAAUGCUGCGACUCUCGGGAAGGCAUGGGCAGUUCUUGCUUGACAGAGUAUUUUUCUGGUCUAUUCUAGAAGAAUACAAUUUUACGAGAAAGGAAUGCUCCCCUUUGUUAAAUUGUGAAGGUAUGGGUGUACCAAUGAAUUGAAAGACUGGUGAAAAUAAUAUUUUGGGUAGGGUAUAAUCUUCCAAAAUUCCCCUUAAGCACAACACUCCUGAAAGUGUGCGUGCAUACACAUACACAUACACACACACACACACACGUAUAGACCAUGGCACAGAACAAAUAAAAUGCAAACUUAUUGGUGCAUUUUUUUCUUUUUUUUAUUCAUUUGAUGGUUUAAAAUUCAAUGUUAUACCACUUUUUAAACUACACAUGAAACCUAAUAAAUGGACCAAUAAGCCACUUUAACAGUAUUUUGUAUAUUCUCUCUACUCUUUUUCCCAAAACGUUUAUUCACUGCUUAUUCAGCCCUAUAGAAUUUUUAUUUAGCUUCUGUGUUUUCAGCAUUAUUACAAAAAUGCAACAUUUUACUCAGCAUAUAUAGGGGCUUUGCCUAUAGUACUGUUAUGAAGGGCAGUAAAUGGACAUCUUUCAGUCCAGGGAGAAUUCCACUCAUGGUACUGUAGGAUAUUGUUGGUUACGUAAGACUAAUGGGAAACGUCUUCCAGAUAUAGAUUUGGUCAUUGUUACGUUUAGCUCAUUGUUGUUGUAUUGUGCUGUACCAUGUUUAUUAUUUCAAUAUUCAUUUUUGCAAAAAACAUAAAUAAAUGUGCUAUUAUGUUUGUAUUUGAAAAUCUCUGUAAAUAAAUUUUUCUCUGAUCAAUA